AUGGUGAAAGAAAAUUCAGAUCCGUUAGGAAAAAAAAGGAAGGGUUUUUGCGGCACUACUGGGUCAAAGAAACGUCCAAAACUGACUAAAGAACCAGAUCAAGAUGGCCUUGCAGGAAGUAAACUCGAAGUUAGUGACAACAGCGACGCCAGUGAAAGUGAAGAAUUGCCCAUGGAAGUCAAUGUUUCCGCCUCAAAGCUUCAGAAUUCUUCGUUUUCGAUGUAUGAAGAGCAGGAAGGCAUUCUAACCCGUAAGAAGUCGAUAAAUGUUGGGCUCGGAGUUCCAUCAGUAAAUUGUGACAACAUUGCAAGUGGUUAUAAAAUUCAAGAUGCCACUUUACUUAGAGAUUGUAUCGCCUCAGCAGCAAUUUGCAGUUUCUGCCGCAAAUCUCAAUCAACUUUGCAACUUUUUCAGCGAGAUUAUCAGAGAGAAGGACUUGCUGAAUGUCUUUUUCUUAGAUGUUCAAAUUGUCAUCAUGAGACUGAGUUGAAAACAAGUAAGAGACUGGGAGGUGUUGGUGGAGGGGCUCAUGAAGUCAACAGGAGGUCGGUAUUGGCUUCUCAGAAACUUGGCCAGGCUGGUUUGGCUGACUUUUGUGCUAGAAUGAAUUUCUGUCCACCAGUGACCAAGAAAUCUUACAAUGAUCAUUUGAUCCAAAUUGAAAAGGCAGCUGUAGAACAUGCUAGAACUCAAAUGCAGGAUGCUGCUGGGAGGCUGUCGGAUCUGACAAAAAAUAAACAUCCUAACAGCAUUGAAGAUGAAAAUGGAACCGAAGUGGCUAAAGUAGCUGUUACAGUUGAUGGCACAUGGCAGAAAAGGGGCCAUUCCUCAAAGAUUGGUGUGGUGUUUGUCAUUUCAGUGGCAACUGGAGAAAUUCUGGAUUAUGAGGUCAAAUCUCUUGUUUGCUAUGAGUGUCGAGCUCGUGAGCAUAUGGACAGAGAUUCUGAGGAAUACAAAGCUUGGAAAGCCAGCCAUACAAAUUGCCACAUUAACCAUUCUACCAGCUCUGAGGACAUGGAGGCUUCUGCAGCAGUAGAAAUGUUUGGCAGAAGUGUAGAGAAGUUGCAUCUCAAGUAUACAACUUUUGUCGGAGAUGGUGACAGUAGUUCUUUUGGUCGAGUGCGAGAAGCCAUGACUGCAAAAUUUGGAGACAAAUAUCCUGUAGUCAAAGAGGAGUGUGUGGGCCAUGUGCAGAAGAGAAUGGGUACAGCUCUCCGAAAGUUUAAAAAGGAAAUGAAGGGAAGAAAGCUGGCAGAUGGAAAAGGUGUCGCUGGAAAGGGAAGGCUCACUGACAAAGUUAUCAACCGCAUUCAAAACUAUUAUGGUAAUGCUAUAAGAGAGAAUUGUGGCAACCUUCAAGGGAUGAAAGAAAGCAUUAAAGCAAUUCAGUGUCAUAUGAUAGUGGAUGAGGACAUGUCACUCAAAAAGCAGCACAGACACUGUCCAAAGGGUAAAGACACAUGGUGUAAGUUCUGGGCUGACAUGCAUAAUAAGACAAACACCUACGACAACAGCAAGCGUCUUCCUGCAGUUUUCAUGAAAGAGCUGGACCCAAUUUUUAAAAGAUUGUCAGAUAAUGCUCUUUUAUCAAGAUGUCUUCAAGGUUUCCUCAAAACCAGAAUGAAAGUGUCAAUUCUCAAUUGUGGUCCAGAUGUUCCAAAACUACCUUUGUUGGAGUUCGUAAAGUUCAAAUUGCUGUUUGUGAAACUGUGGCUGUGUUUAACACUGGGGCAGCCAGCAAAGCAGUCAUUAUGGAUCUCAGUGGGGUUAAUCCUGGUCAAAGUAUGUUGA